CAGGUGAUGGAGGUGCCGCUUGUUAAUUUUGAGAACAUGGAUGAUGUCGGAAUCAACAUGGGUGACCCCAAUGACUCUGGGUACCCAACCUCACCCACCUCAGAGGACCCCGAUCAGAAUCUGGUGGCCAACCGUCUGACAUCUCCGCAGGAGUCGCCACUCAGGAACCGACGCGGGCACCAGGCUGGUCAAGAGGGGUUUUCACCCUCUACUCCCCCCACACUGACGACUAAGGGGAAUUCAAGCAGUGGCAGUCUGAUCUCCAAUCUAAAACUUCUGAUCAAUAGUGAGUCACCCACUGACAGUGUGUUCAGUAAGAUGGCUAAGGAUGGCUGUGAGAAUGAAGAUAUGUUUGAAAAGCAUUGUGUGGAAGAAAAAGAUGAGAAAGUCGUCAUUAAUAUAUCUGGCCUGAUGUUUGAGACCCUGCUCAGCACCCUAAAUAAAUUCCCAGAGUCCCUGCUCGGUGACCCCAUGAAAAGGAUAAGUUACUUCGACCCAAUGAAAAACGAGUACUUCUUUGACCGAAACCGUCCCUCUUUUGAUGGUAUUCUGUAUUUCUACCAGUCAGGGGGGAAACUCCGCAGACCGGCCAAUGUACCAUUAGAUGUUUUUGCUAACGAAAUCGUUUUCUAUGAGUUAGGGAACGAAGCAAUGGAGCAGUUCCGUGAAGACGAAGGGUUCAUCAAAGAGCCAGAGGUCCUUUUGCCCACCAAUGAACUACAUCGACAAUUCUGGCUCCUGUUUGAAUAUCCCGAGAGUUCCAGUGCGGCAAGAUCUGUAGCUCUGGUUUCUGUAAUGGUCAUUGUCAUCUCCAUUUUCAUUUUUUGCCUGGAGACCCUGCCAGAGUUCAGGGAGGAUAAUGACUUUUUCCCUGGUGUGACCCAACUCCUUAAUGGAACUCAAGACGGCUCUGUCUCUCAUCCAUCCACAAAUAACGUGGUGGCUUAUGUCACAGACCCCUUUUUCAUUGUGGAAACUAUUUGCAUAAUUUGGUUCUGCUUUGAGCUUGGAGUCCGUUUUGUGGUGUGCCCUAGCAAGAGUGACUUCUUCAAUAACAUCAUGAAUAUCAUCGACAUUGUCUCUAUAAUUCCUUAUUUUGUUACCCUGGGAACAGAGCUGGCCACUAGUCCUGAUGAAGAUGUUAACUCUAGUCAGAACAUGUCCUUGGCGACCUUACGAAUCAUCCGUCUAGUGCGAGUUUUCAGAAUUUUCAAACUCUCGCGACACUCUAAGGGACUUCAAAUCUUGGGACAGACCUUGAAAGCUAGUAUGAGGGAACUUGGGCUGCUCAUCUUCUUCCUUUUUAUAGGAGUCAUCCUAUUCUCCAGUGCCAUCUAUUUUGCAGAAGUGGACGAGCCCCAGACACAGUUCAUUAGCAUCCCUGAAGGUUUCUGGUGGGCGGUGGUGUCAAUGACUACAGUGGGAUAUGGAGACAUGUGCCCCAUCACCAUGGGGGGCAAAAUGGUUGGCACUCUAUGUGCCAUAGCCGGUGUCCUGACAAUUGCCUUGCCUGUUCCUGUGAUUGUCUCCAACUUUAACUAUUUCUACCACCGUGAGACUGAGCAGGCAGAAAAACAGAUGAUCGAUGCAGCAACAGAGGCUGCCCAAAAGGCAUCAGCUCUGAAGUAUGAAAGCACACCUUCACUAAACAAAAGCAACGGCACCUGGCAGAAUGAGAAAAAUGGCAUCCACUGA